CACGCAGUGACGGCCAGGGCGUAGGCAGCUGUGGUGAGGUGGCCGGCCAGCCUCUGCUGUGUCUCCAUCCUGCUAAUUGACCUCUGGAUGUCUGUCUGCCAGUCGACGUCUCUUUCUGUGAGUGAACUCAAAGCGUUUGUACUUAUGUAUCCAUUCCGAUUGAUUACACACGACUGCGUACAAACAAACAAAGCCAGGCAACCAAAGUGUGAGUGAGCAAAGGCCGCAGCGGACCGGUUGAGUGAUUCAUUGACUGUCUGUGUGUGAGAGAUGGCUGAGGUUGCCCGCACGUCGACGGCGUACGGCGAGGUGCUCAAGACCGACCCGGUGGUGAUCCUCCAAAACGCCGCAUUCAUCAGCUACCUGCUCGCUGAUGCCGUCGCACUCAUCGUAAGCUAGACAGCCAGACAGACAGGGAGUGAUUGGCAAAUCGACACAGAGAGAGAGCAAGGGAGAGAUGAGACACAGCCACAGCCAGAUGAGAUGUGUGUGGGUCAAAUAUUUAGUUGCUGGCGAUUGACGGGCUGUCUCCGUGCGGCUCGCCGCUGGCUCUGUGGGUGAUGGUGGAGCUGUUUCUGAGCGCCCCGGCCACAAUGGCCGUCGACGUCGUCAAUGACAUGCCCGCAAUCGCCACAAAGCAGUAACUAUAACUAAGGGAGACACACUGAAUGACAUACAAUACACACACUUGAUGAGAGCAUGAUGGUCGUCUCUCUCUCUCUCUCGCUGUCUCUGUGUGUGUGUGUGUGUUAGUUUCAGUGCGUUUCAGCUGGAGUUGGGGUGGCUGGUGGUGUCGGUCUUGUGGGUGUUUGUGGGGACCGGUUGGGUGACGUCGAGCCUCACUUGCCAAACCACCGCACCCGCACUCUGGUGGCUCGUCUUCACAGUCUCAAUGUUCUACUGGGUACGUACGUUGAUCCGUGUGUGUGUCUGGGAGGAGAGGUCCAUCCAUCCAUCCAUCCAAUCAUAUAAUUGUGUCUGUCUCGUGUGUGCAGGUGUUCCUGAGUGUGUUCGUCAUCGCCAUUCUCGUCUUCACCGUCGUCAACAUGCUCGCCGGUACAUACACAGACGAGAGGACGAAAUGAGGGAGGUGCGUGUGCAUAUCAUGUGUGUGUGUGUGUGUGUGUGUGUUGAUGUGUGUGCAGGCCAGAAGUGA